CCCAUCCAUCCACUCCACAACCCCAGACAUCCUCCAACCCAUCUCCCACGAAAGACACAAGACACAAGACAAUCAAAAUGAAAUUCCUCGCCGCCCUAACCACCCUCCUCCUUCCCCUCGCCGCGCAAGCCACCUCGGACGCUAAACCCGCCAUUACAGAGCUCGACAUCAACACCACCCACUCGCAGGAAUGCACCCGCAAGACGGCCGCCGGCGACACCGUCUCCAUGCACUACCGCGGCACGCUGUACGCUGAUGGAUCCGAGUUCGAUAGCAGCUAUAGCCGUGGAAAGCCUCUCACAUUUCCGUUGGGCAAGGGAUAUGUUAUUCAGGGGUGGGACAACGGUCUCCUCGACAUGUGUAUCGGCGAUAAGCGCACGCUGACUAUUCCCCCGGCAAUGGCGUACGGGGACCGCGGGGUGGGGCCUAUCCCUGCGGGGUCGACGCUGGUGUUUGAGACGGAGUUGGUGGGGAUUGAGGGGGUGGGGAAGGAUGAGCUUUAAAUGGGGUUUGUUCUUGGUCUUGGUAGGGGUGUAGGUGUUGAGUGACAGCUUGGUUGAGGGCUUGGUGGUGGUGGUGGUGGUGGUGAGAUAUUGGGGUAGAUAGAGAGGACGGUGUGAUUAAGGUAGGUAUGUAUAUGAUCUGAUCUAUCUAGAUAUCUUUAUACCCAUGCGUGUUUCUC